CGGGACGCGCCGCUCUUGGCUGGGGGAGCCGGCGCACGCGGCGGAGGCGGGGGGAAGCUGGAGCGAGUCUGGAUUGUUCUCAGGAUUUCCCAUUGCCAACCCCUGGGAUGCUGCAAGGAAGAGGAAGAUGCCCCGGGACACUGAGGCAGAGCAGGAGCUGAGCAUGGAGAGCAGGGAGGACAAAUGCCUGCGGCAGAACCUGGUGGAAGAGGCCAUUUUGAGCGGCUCCACGGCGCAGGAAGCCAACGGGGAGGAAAAGCCCCGGAGAUGCUGCACGAGGAGGAGCUGCAAACGCAGCUGGCGGGGAUCUGAGGGGGAAAGAGCCAGCCUGGGCCGGGAAGGCGGACAGAGAUGGAGCCAGAGCUCGGAGCAAGUGCUCCAUGAGCAGCUCCAUGAUGGGAAGAAGCCCCAUACGUGCGUGGAGUGUGGAAAGAACUUCAGGUGGAACUGUGACCUGAUCCUGCACCAGAGGACCCACACUGGGGAGAAGCCCUAUGAGUGUGGGGAGUGUGGGAAGAGCUUCAGCCUGAGCUCCAACCUGAUCAAGCACCAGAGAAUCCACACUGGGGAGAAGCCCUAUGAGUGUGGGGAGUGUGGGAAGAGCUUCUGUGGGAGCUCCAGCCUGAUCAAGCACCAGAGGAUCCACACUGGAGAACGGCCCUUCGAGUGCGGAGAGUGUGGACAGAGCUUCAGCCAGCGCUCCCACCUGAUCUCGCACCAGAGGACCCACACUGGGGAGAGGCCCUACGAGUGUUCCAAGUGUGGGAAGGGGUUUCAGACCAGCUCCCAUCUCCUCCGACACUAUCAGAGUCACACAGAGGAGAGGCCCUUCCAAUGCCCCGACUGUGGGAAGGGAUUCAGGUGGAACUCCACCCUCGUCAGACACAGGCGCAUCCACACUGGGGAGAGGCCCUAUGAGUGUGAUAAAUGCAGGAAGAGGUUUCAGACCAGCUCCCACCUCCUCCAGCACUAUCGGAUUCACACAGAGGAGAGACCCUUCCGCUGCCCCGAGUGCGGGAAGGGAUUCAAGCACAACUCCACCCUCGUCAAGCACCGGCGCAUCCACACUGGGGAGAGGCCCUACGAGUGUCCUCAGUGUGGGAAGAGCUUCCCCAGCAGCUCUGACUUGACCCGACACCAACGGAGGCACCAGUAAGGGAAGCCCUGCGAGUGCCCUGAGUGCGGGAAGAGCUUCAUGUGCUUCUCCAGCUCCAUCCCCCACUGGAGGAGGCACUUUGGGCACAGCCCUGGUCACUCACAUUCCUUGUGAUCCAUGUUGGCAACACACCUGGCAGCUUUUACUUUUGUUUUGGCCCUAAUGUUUCUAACUUCUCUAUCUCUUUGCACUCCAAAACUCAAGAGAGAUGGAUCUGUCACCUGAAAACCACUGAAAUCCCAGUGAAAACAACUCAAUCUUACCCAAAAGGGCUCAAUCCCACCUCAAAUAAACUCAGUGCCGUACCAAA